CCUCACAUUUACUAGUGACAAACAAUCAAAAGGAAAUUAGACCAAGCAAUGGAAUUAGUGUCAGGAGGCUUAACAUGAUGACAACCACUAUUGAAACCACAUUUGUCACACGCUCGGAGGCUUCCACAAUAUUUCCGCCGGCAGGUACAUUAAUAGGAAAGACCACGGAGAAAGCAAAUCUUGCCAACCCACCAUCAACCCCGUCAACAACUAGAAGAACAUCAAGCAAGACAAGAGAUAGACCGCAGAGUUUGUGUUUAAAAACUACAUCGACGUCAUCACUAAAGCCUACGCCAACUAACACAACAGCAACAAUAACAGCAGUAGCAGCAACAAAACGUUGCAAUUUCAAUCCAACUCCCAACCUUCACACAGCGCACAACACUGGACGCCGCAUGCGGCAGCUACUCAAUGCACAUUUGGUCAUUACAGCAACAACAUUGCAACAAUGUGCAGCCGUACGAUGGCAAUUGUUAGUUGCCUUUCUCAUUUGCAACUGUAUCGUGGGCGCAUUCGAGCCGGACUUUGUCUUUCCGCUGGAGAACGUCACCGUAGCACAGGGACGCGAUGCGACCUUCACGUGUGUGGUUAAUAAUCUCGGCGGUCACAGG